GAGACUUGAGCAAGACAGGGCAGGCCAGUCUGCUGUGAGCAUUGAGAGCGGUAGCACGUGUUUGUCGUAACUCGUCGAGCCGAUGACGACGUCUGAUCGACGCGGUUCCAUUUGAAGUUCUUGGCUAUUCUUAAAAGGGAAAAAUAAAAGUUUGUCGAAUAAACUCGAAUUGCCUUUAAAUGCAAAGCUGAAGAAGAAGGUUGAUACAGAGAGAUAUGUAUAUAUAGUUGAAUUUUUUACAAUAUAUACGUUCGCAGUUAACGUAUUCAGAAUAAUUUAAGUUUCUUUAUUUUUGGAAACGACUGUGGAAGUAGUAGUAACCGUGCAAUCGGGGAUUCGUGACUUGGAAAUAUAUCUCGCACUGGUGAGCGUUUUAUUAUGAUAAUAAUUGUCUCCGAUCGCAAAUGGAGCUUCGAGAAGUUAAUAAUACUACGAGUGCUUCGAAACUAGACGAGAGUCACGUCAAGAUAAUGAUGAGGUUAUCGAAUGAUACGCAAAUAUCGUUAUUUCUAUAAAAUAGGAGAGUGAAACUUUAACAAUUUACUCAUGAGGAUUUGGUGCGAAAAUUCACUUCUCUUCAUGAAAGCUGUUCUCGCCUUCCUACUGGCAUUACCGAUUGGCUCAGCGUCUGGCUGGAGCACGAAGGGCGGCCACGACCAGGCAGACGACGACUUCAGGAACUCCGACGACAUCCAGAGAUUCGCCAUCGAGAAUGGUCUGUGGACGCCAGACCCCCAGCUCCUGCUCGGGCCCUACGAGGAGGAGGCCCCUAGGAGCCUGACCAAGGCGCGGUUCAUCACAGCCAACAACACUGUUACCACAGUCCAAGUCGGUGCCCCGGCUGCCCUCAGAUGCCAGAUCAGCAAUGUUGCCAGUCACGAGACGGUGUCAUGGAUCCGACGUCGAGACCAUCACCUGAUCACCCUGGGGUACCAGACCUACACCAACGAUGACCGUUUCUACGUCUCGAAUUCUCUGCCUCUCCAGCUGCCCACUUUUGAAGGAAAGGUAAGACUGGAAGUAAGUAGACGCAGCGGAGUUCUUGUUCUUGUUUCUCGUUCUUCUUGUUCUGGUUUUUCUUGGUAUUGUUCUUUUUUUGUUCUUUGUGCUUCUGUUGGUGUCCGGAUUAUUUGUCAAGGUUUUAAUUUCGUUUCUCGUUCUUCUUGUUCUUGUUUUUCUUGGACUGCAUCAUUAGCUAGUAUUCUGGUGGUUAGUGAUGGAGAAACAGGAGACAAUUUCAGAGUUAGAGGGAACUUUAACUGGCCUCAGCUACACAUUCUUGAGAGAUUGCUAACUUAUGUUGCUCGUUCAACAUCUCGGCUACAAGAGCUAGCGAGGAUCUGGAACAAAGUGAUCUACAAGUGCCUCCAUGAUAAGUGGUUUCAUAUCCUACAAGUGCAGAAAUAG